CGGCGUCAUUUCCACUCAGCAGCCCACACGAUUCGAACAAUAAUAUUUCGGUCUCAGUCUCAAAGUCUCGUUCUGUGUCUAUACUCUGUGUCUGGUUCAGACACAUCGAUUUUCUACCCACCUUUAUAUGUUCACAAUACAUUAUGGAUGUCAAGAAGUGCCCGGAUCUACACGAACGCGCCAAGCGCAUUCACGAGCCUGGUCGGGUCUGUCGCGAGCUGCUCUACUUGCGCUCCAAGCGGGCCAAGCGUGAGGUGCCAGCCUUUACUUUUCAGGCUCUGCAGAAGGGCACCGUAGUGAAGCCUCCCACAAAAAUCGACAUAUUCAAGCGUCAGCCCGUCAAGGAGACUGUCUUUAAGAUAUACUUUAUGCGUGGCGACAUCCCUGUUGCCCUCUCAGGUCGCAGCAACAAACAGGAUCCCACCAAGGAUCGUCCAUUGCGUUGGCACUGCACGCCCGAGGAGCUCGACUAUUGCUACUAUCUGCCCAUAUUCCUUGACGGACUGGCCGACGUAGACAGCGAUACACGGCUGCUGGCAGUCAAUGCAGCUGUCGAUCUGAUCAUGCGGCAACCGCAUAAGGUUCUCCCGGUGCUUCCCAAGCUCAUACUUCCGCUCAAGCGCGCUUUUCAGACUCGGGACAAAGGCAUCAUCAUCUCUGCUCUGCAAGUGCUGCAGCUGAUGGUCCGCUUGGGACCUUGCGUGGGGCAGGCACUAGUUCCUUUCUAUCGCCAACUGCUGGCCGUGUGCAAUUUGUACAAGAACGUCAAUGUGAACCUGGGCGAGGGCAUCGAUCCCGAUCGCAGCAAGCGCAUUGGCGAUGUCAUUGAGGAUACACUGAAGCUACUGGAGUUCUGCGGAGGCCCUAAUGCCUUUAUCAACAUCAAGUACAUGGUGCCCACAUACGAAAGCAGCGUCUUUCCCCGCUGUCAAAAUCUCGAUGAGGGCGCCAAGCAUUGAACACACAGUUGAGAGUUCCUUCGAUCAAAACUUGUUCGGUUCGGUUGCUUAGGUUAUUAAUGCCAACAAAUUAUAAUCAGUUAGGUUCGAAAUUUAGCGCAAAUAAAGCUUGACAGUCUGGUUGAGCCUACAGCCUGCAAAAAAUACAAA